GUCCUCCGGUCGCCCUCGGGAUCCUCCCGAGCUGCUCAGCCCCUCGUCUGCAGCUGCAGGAGGACGGGGGGGAGCUGGGCUUGGCGCUGUUUCGCUAUAAAGCUUUUAAAAAGUCGAGCUCCUUCCUCUCCAGCGCUUUUUCUCUCCGGGAUGCGGUGCUAAUAGCUGAAUCCAGGCUGAUGACUUUUGGCUGUGCACCAGGAGGUAACGUUCCUCUGCCCCUCGUGCCCCCAGUGAGUUCUGUGGAUUUUGGGGGGCAGGUAGGCUCACCCUACAGGUGAGGACAUCCUCAGCGCCCUGCUCCUUCUCAGCUGUCCCCUCUCUUUCAGGCAGAAGAUGUCCUGGGCCAUGCAGUACCACGGCUGGCUGCCCUGGGGCAGCUGGACACGGCUGUGUGGGUCCCAGCCCGGGCACAGGGCAGCACGGUGUGUGUACCUCUGUGCUGCUUCGGGGCCAGGUGCUGCAGGCAGCUGCUUCCACAGGAAGAUCCUCCACAUGGGUGGCAUCUCUGUCCCCAGGAGCUGUGUUCGGUACAAGGGAAGGUCUCAGGAGAACCGAGCCCAGCGCAGCUCCUCCCACCAUGGCCUGGACCAUCUCAGGAACGUGGCCUCAUCUGAUGCUAUUAAGAAACACCAGAAGAGCCUGUCUGCGUGGUUCAGCAACCAGCCCAACGAAGAGAGGCAGUUUGGCCCUUCCUUCUCACUAGAUGCCGUCCACGUGGACCCAGUGAUCCGGGAGAGCUCCCUGGAGCAGAUCCUGAAGCCCUCACCUGACCUGACCAUCCAGCACCAGCUCCAGCAGCCCUGCAGGCAGGUCAUCAGCCUCCAGAAUCUCUUUGACGUGGAUGCCUGUGGGCGACAGGUGAAGAACGUGGUGCUGUACGGCACCGUGGGCACAGGGAAGAGCACCCUCAUCAAAAAGAUGGUGGUGGACUGGUGCCACGGUCUCCUACCCCGCUUUGAGCUGGUCAUUCCCUUCUCCUGUGAGGACCUGUCCUACAGUCACGUCCCCAUCUCCCUGAGACGCCUCAUCAUCAAGAAGUACCAGCACCUCCGGGACGUGGUGCCGCUCCUGGGCUCUUCCAACCUCAAGGUGCUUUUCAUCCUCAAUGGGCUGGAGCGCCUCAACUUGGAUUUCCGACUGGCUGGCACCGAGCUGUGCUGUGAUGCCAAUGAGCCUCUGCCUCCCUCUGCUAUCGUGGUAAACCUGCUGCGGAAAUACCUCCUGCCAGAGGCCAGCAUCAUCGUCACGACGCGCCCAUCUGCGGUGCACCGGAUCCCUGGUAAGUACGUGGGCCGCUAUGCAGAGAUCUGUGGCUUCUCAGACACCAACCUGCAGAAGCUGUACUUCCAACUGCGCCUCAGCCAGCCUGGCUGUGACGGGGAGAACGACGUGGCCAGCCGCUCUGGCGAGCAGGAGAACUUGGUGGAGAUGCUGUCGAGGAACCUGGAGCGCCAAAACCAAAUCGCCGCCGCCUGCUUCCUGCCCUCUUACUGCUGGCUGGUGUGCACCACGCUGCACUUCCUCUACUUCACCAGGACGGUGCCUCCCAGCCAGACCCUGAGUGGCAUCUACACCAGCUUCCUGCGGCUCAACUUCAGCGGGGAGGUGCUGGAUAGCACUGACCCCACCAAAAUCUCCAUGAUGAAAUACGUGGCCAAGACUGUGGGCAAGCUGGCCCACGAAGGGGUGAUGUCCCGCAAAACCAGCUUCACAGAGGAGGACCUGCGGCAGUGCUUUGAGGUGGAGAUGAAGACCGAAAGUGAGCUCAACCAGCUGGAGGUCUUCCGCAGUGAUGUCUUCCGCUUCUUCCUCACGCCGUGCGUGCAGCCGGGCAAGGAGCACACCUUCGUCUUCACCAUCCCUGCAAUGCAGGAGUACCUGGCGGCCCUGUACGUGGUGCUGGGCGAGAAGAAGACCCUGGUGCAGAAAGUGGGCAAGGAGGUGUCAGAGAUCAUCGGGAAGGUGAGCGAAGAUGCCGCUGUGGUGCUGAGCAUCAUCUCCAAAGUUCUUCCCCUGCGCUUCCUGCCGGUGCUCUUCAACCUGCUCAAAAUGUUCCCUCGCUUCUUCUCGCGGCUGAGCGGGAAGGGCCGGGACACCAUCGCCCGCACCAUGGCAGAGGAGCUGUUCAAAGAGGAGGAUUACUACAAUGACGACGUCUUGGAUCAAAUCAAUUCCAGCAUCUUGGGUGUGGAGGGUCCCAUGCGGCACCCUGAUGAGGCCGCCGACGAUGAAGUCUUUGAGCUCUUCCCCAUCUUCAUGGGUGGGAUCCUGUCCCGCCGGAACCGCGCCAUCCUGGAGCAGCUGGGCUGCUCCAUCAAGAACCUGGCGGCCUUUGAGAUCGCCAAGGCAAUGAAGAAGACUGUCAUCAGGAACAGCCGCAAAGGGCUGCCCCCCUCCGAGCUCAUGGACUACCUCUUCUUCCUGCACGAGUUCCAGAAUGAACCCUUCACAGCUGAGGCCAUCCGCUCCCUCCGGACCGUCAACCUCUCCUCUGUCAAGAUGACUCCUCUCAAGUGCUCCGUUCUGGCUUCUGUCAUGGGCAGCACAAGCCACGAGGUGGAGGAGCUGAAUCUGACCUCCUGCAACCUUGACACCGGCAGCUUGAGGACUCUUUUCCCCGUCCUGCUGCGGUGCAAGUUUCUCCAUCUGCAGCUCAACAGCCUGGGCCCUGAUGACUGCAAGGAGAUCCGCGACCUGCUCCUGCACGACAAGUGUGCAGUGAGCAACCUGCGGCUGGGGAACAACCCCAUAGGCGAGCAGGGGGCGCAGUACCUGGCCGAGGCGCUGGCAGGCAACCGCUCACUGACCCACCUGUCUCUGCUGCACACUGCGCUGGGAGACCGUGGUGUGGAGCUGAUCGCCCAGCACCUGGCUGAGAACCAGCAGCUCCAGGAGCUCAACCUGGGCUACAACUCCCUGACGGACACGGCUGCCCUGCGUGUGGUGGAGGUGGCCAAAAAGCACGCGACGCUGGACAAAGUGCAUUUAUAUUUCAACGACAUCAGUGAGGACGGCAAGAAGGCACUCGACAGCCUGCGCAUGGACCGGGACGGCGUCAGGGCACUGGUCUUCCUCACGGCAGGCACUGACGUCUCUGAUUACUGGUCCAGCAUCCUGAACGUGGUGCACAAGAAUCUGCCUUUCUGGGACCGCGAAAGGGUUUGUCAGCACCUGACCAUCAUCCUGCAGGACCUGGAAAGCAGCCGGAGGCAGACGGCCAACCCCUGGAGGAAAGCCAAGUUCCUACGGGUGGAGAGUGAGGUGAAGAAGAUGCUGGGGAAGCUCCAGCAUGGGACCCUUUGAGCUGCUGGAGUGCGCAGCGCCUCACCAGCACCCUUAUCACAGAGGAGAUGCCCAGCGGUUGGGUGCUGCCGAAGCUGUUGAAGGUGCUGGGUAUGUGGGGCCAGGCUGAAAUAUGGCACAAAGCCCAGGUGUGAAAGGGACUUGUCUGCUGGGCUUGGACUGAAGUUCGCUUGUGAAACCCUUGGUAGCAUUAAAGUGCACCGCUUUGUU